CAGAGCAAGUAUUAUCUAUUAAUCUAUUGAUUAAUUAGUUAAUUAGUGAUUAAAGGACGAGAACCGGAAUUUCCCCGUGUAAGUUACUACACACCCGUUACUGAUAAAAGCGGAAAUUCCGCGAUUCUGUUACACUCACAGAACCGUCACACUAUUUAUUCAUUCAUUCACUCGUUAACGUAGAGAAACCAACAAAAUCUAAACCCAAACCCUUUCUCUUUCGUAACGAUGACAGUAUUGUCGCCGGCGACCGCCGCCGAAUCCGGCCAAGACGCUGUGCGGGUCGCGGUCGCCAACCGACGCUGCAUGUUCCUCUGCCUGCCGUGCUUCCCCUCCGAUACGUCGUCGUCGACGUGGUGGCAGGAUCUGCUGUCUCCGGAGGAUAAGGAGCGGUGGUGGUACCGGCGAUGGAAGACUGUGAAGGACUGGAAAACCUUCGUUCGCCGCUUCAAAAACUCCAGCAGGAACCACUCCAAGCGGCACAGCUCCUUCCGCUACGAUCCGCUCAGCUACGCACUAAACUUCGACGACGGAACCGCUGCCGAAGACGACGUUCACUGCUACAAAGGCUUCUCCGAGCGCUUCGCCUCCGUUCCACAGCCGGAGAAACCUUCCGCGUACUCGAGCGAGGAGCACGCGCCACCGGUUUCGAAGCUCGAGAAAUGAGGCAGCGCAGACGUGCGCUGAGACCGGAACGCGCCGCGUUGUUAAUAGCUAGGUUUUUCCUCCUUUCACUUUUUGUUUUAUUUUGUUGUAUAUUAAGAAAAUUAGGAAAAAAACAAAACGAGCAUAAUAAUAAUAAUUUUAAUUUUAA